AUGUAUUUGAAUUCCUGUUUUAAAGCAUUUCACAAUUGAAGAUGGCAGCAGCUGAUGAAAGAAGAGUUAUGUGUGUAGGUCUUUGUUGUGUGGAUAUUGUCAGCAUUGUUCAAUCAUUCCCUGUGGAGGAUUCUGAUCAGAGGUCACUAGAUUAUUACUGGCAACGUGGAGGAAAUGCCUCUAACAGCUCAUCUGUCCUGUCCAUGCUUGGCUGCCCAGUGGAAUUCAUGGGAACGUUUGUUAAAAGUCCAGAAUAUGGGUUUUUGGCAAAAGACUUUAAAGCUUUUAACAUAAGUACGGAUAAUUGUGCCGUAUAUGAAGAGGGUAGCGUUAAAUGUCCAGUUGCCAUAGUGAUAGUCAACCAACAGACUGGUUCACGUACAAUAAUGGCUGCUUUAAACAAUAUUGCGGAAUUACAGUAUGAAGAUUUUGAAAAAGUUUCACUACAAAAUUAUAAAUGGAUUCAUUUUGAGGGCAGGAAUACUGUGGAAAAUUUAACACAGAUGAUACAAUGCAUACAGAGAUAUAAUGACAGUGUGUCGGCCGAGGCAAAUGUUAGAAUCUCCUUGGAAUUGGAGAAAACUAGGCGAUCAGAUUUAAUACCUCUCAUGUCUGAAGUAGACUUUGUAUUUGUGAGUAAAGAGUUUGCCGCUGCCCAGGGUUACAGUAAUAAAGAGGAAGCAGUGUCUGGAAUGGUUCAUAAAUGCAAGCAAGGAGGAACUGUGAUAUGUGCAUGGGGUGAAGAUGGGGCUGCUGCCAAGUCUACGUCAGGUGAUCUGAAGACCUCACCAAUUUUCCCGCCAAAAACUCUUGUAGAUACUCUCGGAGCAGGCGACACGUUCAACGGAGCUACAAUCUUUGCACUGAGUCGAGAUAUACCUUUAGGGGAUGCAGUAACUUUUGGUUGUAAAAUUGCCGGUGCUAAAUGUGGACUUGUAGGUUAUAGGGGACUUCAAGGAUUGCAGAGCAUGUUAUGACGUCAUGUGUUAUAUAGUUUUAAAUUGAUUUUUUUCAGUGAAAUUCUAAUAAAAAACAAUUCAAUGUGUCAGUGAAAUAAAAGUCAUAUCUCACUGCAUGGAAGUAGUGAAAUAUAAAUAUAUAAAAUUAGAUCUUUAACACUUGUUUUGUAC